AUGGCAUCCGUAUCCACCACCACUGGUCUGCAACCCAACAACGUCGAGCUGGUGAACAGCGCAGGUCGACGGAAGCGACGCGCACCCCAACAACGACGCCGACAAUCACACCAGCAGCAGCGGACUGCCAGCACCAGCACCCGAUACCCACCCGCCCUCGCCAACAGCCGCAGCUCACGGUCUCCGGCUGCACCUCCAUCGACCCCAUCCCGCCUCUCUGACGGCGCUUUCGCCGACCCGUUGCAUCUGCACUGCUGGUACCCCUGCGCGCGCAGCACAACCACCAUCGUCAACAUCAUCAGCAGCAUCAACCCAUCGCCGCUGGGCGAACCGUCACGACCUCUCGCCGCGGCCGCUGUCGUCAUUCUACCAACUGCCACCGGACAUGUUGGAGGCGAAGCGGCCGCUGCUGGCGAUGCUGGCGACACCAACGACGGCAACAACAACGACAACAACAUCAACAGCGUCAAUGACGACGGCAACAGCGAUAACGAUGGCUGGAACCAACACCCACUCGAGCGCAGCCCGAUGAUUGGUGCGCAUGCGAGCCCGGGUGCUGUGGAGACGAUCAUGGUGAUGAUCAACUCUAUCAUGGGCCGCGACAGCAGGCGCUCUUUGCUCCACAUCAUCGUGAAGAAGCGGCCCAUCGGGUGGCUGCUGUCGCUAUUCCCUUUUCCAACAGCAGAAUCUUGCAUACACAGCUGCACUCAUCCAGGAUCGAGCGGGACCGACCGCGGUGCCGCCACCACACAUACAGCGGUGCUCAGCACUCAGGAACAGAUUAGGAUAUCCUGGACCAGCUGCACCGAGAGCAUGCACAGCGCCUGA